AUGGCUCAGAAGCAAUACAUGGAUUUGAUAUUGAAGAGUGGAAAUGUAGUUGGAUCGUCCUUUUCUUCUAUUAUCCAUCAACAAGAUUGGAGCUUAGAGAGUUUUCUACAACAUAAUCCGAAUAAGUUCAGUAGGAAGUGCAGUCCAGAUGAGGUCGACGAAUGGCUCAACAACGUGGAGAGAAUUUAUGACGCCAAAAGAUGUGUGGAGGAUAAAAGACUGACGUUUACUGAGUACUUACUGACGGGAGAGGCCAGACAUUGGUGGAGUAAUAUGAAGAUGCUACUGGAAGAUAGCAAUACUCACAUCUCUUGGGAGGAUUUUAAGGAUAAGUUUUAUGAAGAGUAUUAUCCAGACAUCGUUCGGUUUGCCAAGGAGGUGGAGUUUCUUCAACUUAUUCAAGGAGGAAUGACCGUGUCGGAACACACUAAUAAGUUUAAACAUUUUGUGAGAUUCUAUACGAUGAAGGUUGAUGAAGAGUGGCUAUGUAGGAAGUUUGAGAAUGGGUUAAGAGGAGAUUUAAAACUAGUAAUUUAUAGUUUGUGUAUUAAGUCUCUUCCAGCAUUAGUUGAGAAGGCUAAAGUAUUGGAGACGAACAUGUUAGAAGCGAAACAACAAAAGAAGCAACAAUUGAAAAAGGAUAGGGAAACACCUUCUUUUAGAAGUAGUCUCAGUUCAAGAAGAACUUCAUACUCCCGGCCUUCUCCUUCCUCAAAUUAUGGUGGUGUUUAUUCUCAGCACUCGGGUUCAGUUGGUCAUUAUGAGCAGCAAGGAUCUGUAGGUUAUUACAACUAUGGUGGACCUCAUUUGAAGUCAGCUUGCCCACAAUCAACAGAAAACAAGAGAUGUUAUCGGUGCAGGACUAAAGGUCAUUUGGAAAAAGAUUGUCUUUUGGGAAGGCGAGCAACUACUCAAAACCGUUCGGUAUUGUAG